AUGGCUCAUCAUCCAAGGCAAAGAAGGUCUUCGAGGAUAGCUCCCUUGCAACAUGAAGAUUCAUCCUUUAUAAACCUAGCUCCAGAAGGCUUGCAACCGGCGGACUCGCACCACACCUCAGCACACCUCCCCACCAGUCACAACAUCAAUGAUUCGAUUGACCAGUUGACAAUGAGCGACCAUGCGUUCCACGAAGCACUCGGAACGCCUCCCAACUUGCAUUCGAGGUUGUUGGACUCGCCGGUCCAGUCAUCAUCUGCGUUCUCGGUUCAGUCGUCGCCACGGCCAAACUUUGAUUCCUUUGGACCUAGAUCGAGCACCAGCUUCUACGACUUGACACGAACGAGCAGUGUCAAUACUCUUAAUCAUUCCUCGUAUAUCCCGCCUUGGACUCAACCGUACAUCAUUGGCAUUGCGGGAAACUCUGGAAGUGGGAAAACUUCCAUUUCGCAGCAAAUCAUCCAGGGGAUAAACCAACCUUGGACUGUUUUAUUAUCAUUUGACAAUUUUUAUAAAAACUUGAGCGCGGAGGAGAGCAAGCGGGCGUUUGAGAACGAGUAUGAUUUUGAUACGCCCGAGUCGUUGGAUUUGGAGGCAUUGGUGGAUACAGUCAAGGCGUUGAAGCUGGGUGGGAAGGCCACUAUACCCGUGUAUUCUUUCGCCAAGCAUGCUAGGACCGAUAAGACAAACACUAUUUAUGGUGCCAACGUAGUCAUCAUUGAAGGGCUAUACGCCUUGUAUGACGAGCGGCUUUUGUCGAUGAUGGACUUGAAAAUCUACGUCGAUACUGAUUUGGACAUUUGUUUGGCCAGAAGGUUGACGAGGGACAUCUUGUACAGGGGAAGAGACCUCGAAGGUGCCAUCAAGCAGUGGGAAAAAUUUGUCAAGCCCAAUGCCGUCAAGCACUUGAACCCAACGAUGAACAAUGCCGACUUGGUCAUACCACGCGGGCUAGACAACAGCAUCGCCAUCAACUUGAUGAUCAAGCAUAUCAAGAACCAGCUUGCACUUAAGAGUGCCAAGCACUUGAGAAACUUGAGGAACGUGGGGGUCGAUUUUGACUUCAACGUGGACGAGUAUAAGAAUAUCGGAAUCUUACCCGUGACCAACCAACUUUGCGGAAUAAAUACCAUAUUGUUCAAUAAGGACACCUCGAGAGAAGACUUUAUCUUUUUCUUCAACAGGAUCAGCGGGAUCUUGAUUGAAUUUGCCCAGCAAAACUUCUUUGACGAUUACGAAAGUAAAGUGGUUACCACGCCUCAGGGGUUCACGUGCCAAGGGUUGACUAUCCCGCAAACUCGAGCAGUGGCCGUGAAUAUCAUUCGAAGCGGAGACUGCUUCAUGACCGCGCUCAAGAAAUCCUUUUCCGAGUUGGCAGUUGGGAAAAUGUUGAUCCAGAGCGACUCCUCGACGGGCGAGCCGCAACUACACUAUGAAAAACUACCUUCUGCCAUUGAUCAAAUCGGCAAGAUUAUGUUAUUCGACUCGCAGAUUAUCAGUGGCGCCGGUGUGAUCAUGGCUAUACAGGUAUUGAUUGACCAUAAAGUCAAGGAAGAGGAUAUAAUUGUUAUUAGUUAUCUUUGCACUGAAAUCGGGGUACGGAGAGUUACCAAUGUGUUUCCCAAAGUCAAAAUUGUCAUUGGCAAGUUGUCGUCGAUGGAUUUGAGUGACGAUUGCGCCGUGCCUUGGUAUAACCAGGAGAAGUCACUAGAUAGUCAUUGGCAUUUUAGAAAUAGGUUCAUCGAUAGUUUGUAUUUUGGAACGGAAUAA